AAUGAUUGAUUCAUUUGGAAUGCAUUUUGUUGCGUAACUAAGGAGAAGAGCACUGUGGUUAACAUCUCACAGGAUGGCAGUAAGGCUGGUUUUGCUCUGUGGAUAAUUGUUUGGAGGUUUCCUCAGGGAUGACCUGGCUCAGCUGCCCUUCCUGACCAUGUGCAUCAAGGAGAGUCUGAAGCUGCAUCCCCCAGUAACAAUGAUUUCCCGCCGUUGCACCCAGGACAUUGUGCUGCCUGACGGCCGGAUCAUCCCCAAAGAGAACAUCUGUGUCAUCAGCAUCUUUGGGGUUCAUCACAACCCGUCAGUCUGGGAGGACCCUGAGGUCUAUGACCCUUUCCGCUUUGACCCAGAAAACGCUCAGAAGAGGUCGCCUCUAGCUUUUAUUCCCUUCUCCGCCAGACCCAGGAACUGCAUUGGACAGACGUUCGCCAUGAGCGAGAUGAAGGUGGCGCUGGCGCUGACGCUGCUGCGCUUCCGCGUCCUGCCGGAUGACGUGGAGCCGCGUAGAAAGCUGGAGCUGAUCCUGCGCGCGGAGGGCGGGCUGUGGCUGCGGGUGGAGCGGCUGAGCCGGGGCGCGCAGUGACCCCCACACCCGGCCUGGACCGCCUGAGCCCCAUCCAC